AUGAUAUUACUACUCAUAUUCUCAUUCCUUCUCACCUACCUACAUGCGGCUCGGAUUGACCCUGUCGCAACAAGACUUGGUAAGUAAACAACUCUUGUCGUUGAGGCAUUUCAUUGUCAAAUAAAUGGUCUUUCUUAAUGUCUAUCAUCAUUUUCUGGUACAAAAAUAUAACACUAUAAAAAUCUCGGUUCCAGCAAAUGAAUGUUUCACUCCAAUUCUCCGGCGAGGCGUCUCCAACGCCGUCCCAAUCGCUGAGCUGUGGAAUGUCAGCCCGUUCGAUUGCAUAUCGUAUUGUGUUCUGAAGGCUGUGAAAAAUGGGGUACGUCUUAUUUUCUAUUGCUAUAUGUAUUAUAAUAAAUACCUUGGCUUUGACAAUUUUACGAUGACUUCUUUUGAAACCCCUGUUAUAUUUUUUUCAGGACGGAUGCGCAUCCUUGGUGUAUCACAAGAACUUCAAGACGUGCCAGCUCUACAACCACGAUGGAAAUUAUGAAAAUGCCAAGGUUGUGUUCGCGACCGGACAUGAUUACUAUAAUCGGACGUCAUUUACUGGCGUUUGUGCUGACCCGAUCUGUAAGGAUUUGCCUUCAACCAUUAUGUGGUAUACUAGUCCGCUCACAACAUCGCUAUCGCUCGCAUCCUGCUAGCCAAAAUUCAGCUACUUUGCCAACGUACUAUUAUCAAUCUGUCGGGAAAAUAAUAAGCGCUCUUUCGCUGCGAUGAUCGUGGUGACGUAAAAACAAUUUGAUUUUGCCGCGACACAAUCCAUUUUUUCGGCGGCGACGCGAUGUUUGAUACGACAGAGCGCUCAUUAAUUUCCCAAUAGGCGGAUUGAGGGUCUUUGUUAUACAGAGACAAACUUUGGGCAAUAAGGAGGGUUUGUUGUAUACUUUUUGCUCACUAUUUUCCCGACAGACUGAUACAGUACAGCACUUCAUUUAAUUGAUUUUAUCGCUGAACCGCUAAGCCAUUCUUUCAGCUCCAAUCCGUUCAUAUCCCCAGGGUCAAGCUCGACCAAAAGCCCGAGCCGGAGCCACGCUGAGAGUCGACCGUCCAGUUCAAGUGCCGCCGAAACAAACCAAGCCCGAGAAGAAGCCGGAUCACUACUUUUUGGCCGCAACUCCGAGCACAGGUAAAAAAAAUUAGGAUUUUUAAAAUACGAGGACGCCUCUGUUUUUUUUCUUGCAACAAUUUCGUAUACAACGGACGUGUUUAUAAUGAAAAAUUUCAAUGGUCUCAAGAGUCAAUUUUAGGCCAAAAUUGACUUUCAAUAGCAAAUACAAGGUUAGAAUAUACGCUCCAUUCUAUUUUCAGCUUGUCCGGUGGACCAUAUAACCUCCUACAUCUUGGCUGAGGGCUUCAGCCUGGGAAACAACGACUCAGCUCGGGCUGUUAUCAACGGCGUGGACCGCGAGGGCUGUUCGAACUACUGCACGCAGAAUAUUGUAAGUCGCACGUAAUAAGUGUUCAUUACAUACACAGUGACGGACUUGAUAAAUUUGCAAAAAUCCUACCAUUUUGCAUCCGAGAAGUAUCAAAAAUGUGGCAAAAUGAUUCCCUCUCCAACUACAGUGAGGGACGGGAUCCAAUGGCAAAAAACGUCGGCUUUUGCAUCCCGGAAGGGGCCAAAAUGACUCCAAACCCUUCCCUUCUCUAAGCUAUAAAACCCCGAUUUGAAGAACCCGCCUUGAAGGAAAGGGCGCGCUUUUCAAAGCGGAGUUUUUUAGCUUAGAGAAGGGAAGGGUUUGGAGUCAUUUUGGCCCCUUCCGGGAUGCAAAAGAUGACGUUUUUUGCCAUUGGAUCAGGUCCCUCACUGUAAAUGGCCAAGGGGCAAGAGAGCACCAAAGUACUAUGGGUUCUAUAGGAUCUUUUACAUAAUAUUUAGUUAUGUCAUUGUAGUUAACAAUUUUCUUCCUCACUGUAAGAAAAGACUCGGUUUUGAAGGGUGCGCCCCUUCCCUUACAAAAAGAGCGGGCGCGCUUUUGAAAUCGGAGUCUUUUCACUUGGAGAGAGGUAUUUUGCCAUAUUUUUGAUACCUCCUGUGCGCAAAAUGAGACGUUUUUUGCCACUGGAUCAGACCCACCAUGUAAAUUCUAAAAAUUCCGUCAUAGUCAUUUGCAAAAACCCUAUUGGAAUUAUCGAUGGCCUUCUGUAGAGGGGAAUUGCUAACGUCCGAAAAGGUUGUUUGUUAUAGAAAGGUUUCGUGGCUGGGCCUUCCGAGACCUACUGCUGUUGCCGGAAAAAUAAUGAGAGCAAUUCGCUGCGCCAAUCGCGUUAGCUGAAGUGAAAAGCAAUUUUAUUUUGCUGCGACACAAUUUAUAAUAUUUUAUCGGCGGCGUUUUUCGGUGCGGUAGAGCGCUCACUAUUUUUCCGACAAAAUUGCUUUUGUUUUGCUGUACACGUCUGUAUAUUUUCAGAAUGCCGUUGGCGAUCGUACUGCCUGCAUUGCAUUUACACACGAUUCUGUUGAAGAAAAGUGCGAACUUUUCGACGAGGCCAUCAAGGAGAUUGGGAUCUUCACAAGGAUUGAAGCCAGAGCUUCGGCCACCUCCGUGGCUGAGAGAAUUUGCAUUAAAAGUAAGGGACAGUUGCUCUUUUGUACAGCAAAUCGUAUAAGCCAAAAAAAAGCUGGGAAUUAUCGAAGGGAGUUUGUUAUAACGAGGCUAAUUAUGGCCAAUAAGGAGGGCUUUUUUGUACUGAGAUUGACCCAAAAUUUGUUUUUUUGAGACCUCCGAAAUUGUUUGUUAUAGAGAGGUUUUAUUGUAGAAGAGUUUGUAAUAGGAAUUUCACGGUAUAUAGCCAGAAACUUACUUAUUUCUUCCUUUAGAAUCCCUCGGAUGUGAUGAUGGCAUCUCCUCAUUCAAACUGAUCUAUAAACAAAAAGUAAACGGCUACAUUUUGGGCCAAGUGACCAAUUUGGAGACCGUUACUGACUGCUUGAGCAUUUGCUUUGGAAAUCCUCAAUGCAAAGUGAGUUUUGGAUUUUUUGAAAAGCUAAAUUUACCAACAAAUUUUUCAUUGGUAUGUAUUUCAGUCCGUGACAUUCAAAAAGGGAUGGUGCACUCUUCAUUCAGUAUACCCGUUGGAACAGAAUUUGUCACCUGCCGAUUCGUCGACGGCAGCGUUCAGCCGGACAUGCGAGAAAUUGUAA